AUGGGUAAGGCAAGUAAAGACAAGAGAGAUCUCUACUACAGAAGAGCAAAAGAAGAGGGUUAUCGUGCGAGAUCUGCAUUCAAAUUACUCCAGAUCAAUGAGGAGUUUGACAUAUUUUCAGGUGUGAAACGAGUAGUGGACCUAUGCGCAGCUCCAGGCUCAUGGUCACAGGUCUUGAGUCAAGAGUUGAACAAAACCCCAGGUGAGGAUAAUGCCAAGAUCGUGGCAGUAGACUUACAGCCGAUGGUUCCAAUAGAGGGCGUCACGUGUCUCCAGGCUGACAUUACCCACCCAAAGACACUCCAGAAAAUUCUUGAUUUGUUUGGAGGCGAGAGUGCGGAUUUCGUAUGUAGCGAUGGGGCACCCGAUGUCACAGGUCUCCAUGACUUGGACGAAUAUAUCCAGGCACAACUCGUCUUGUGUGCCUUGCAACUCACUUGUUGUAUCCUAAGGCCAGGCGGAACUUUUGUGGCCAAGAUUUUCCGUGGUAGAGACAUCGAUCUAUUGUACAGCCAAUUUGGAUAUCUCUUCGAUAGAGUCGUUUGCGCUAAACCCCGCUCAUCUCGAGGAACCUCGCUCGAAGCUUUUAUUGUGUGCACAGGUUACAGGCCCAGGCCGGGCUGGAAUCCGAAACUUGAUGCUACCAAGUCAACCGAGGAGUUUUUUGAAGACGCAGAUAUCGCAAAGAGCUACAUAAUGAAGAACAUGGAGCUCCCGUUAGAUGAAGAGAGGUCAAUCGCGAAAUUUGUCUCUUGUGGAGACUUGAAAGAUGGAGACUCAGACGCCACGUAUACACUCAAUUCAAGUGUGGAACAGCGGAAUUUGCAACCAGUGCAACUGCCCACGGCGCCGCCCUAUAAAAAGGCUUUGGCCAUGAAAAGGAACGGCGAGUUAGUCAUUAAGUAA